CCUUUCUUCUGUGCAUUUUGUCUGAAGCAUAAUCGGUCUUGAACUUGUAGUCGUUCGGCGCCCCCCCUCUUUUUUGCCCUCUUUUUGUUCUAUACACCCUGUACACUGCCACGACCACUGCCACAAUUCCCCGUCUAACCCUAGCACUUGGAUCAUUUUCCCAACCCCCCCCCUCCAUCGUUCCUCAAGUUUUGCUUCAGCCCCCUCUGCUUUUUUCUUAUCCUCUAUCUAUCCAUCGUACUGCUUGGCUGGUGACCUCUCUCUCCCUCUCUCUCUCCACCACACUUAACCUUCCCAGUCUAACCCGUCUUAUUUCCUCCACGUCCUCUUCAUUGGUCAAACAUUAUCCUGCUAUUUGCCCACCUUUCUUCCCUCUUCAUUCUUCCUGCUUUCUCUCCCUCUCUCUUUCGUGCAUUCUUGGCGCUCGCCGUUUCUUCUCAACUCGCCCCGUUCGGACCUGCCGCCCACUCCUCCCACACCCCUCCCCCCUCCCCUCCGAAGCUACUCCACCACCGACCUACACCUCGCCCAAAACGGAUUCUCUUUCUCUUCUACAAUAGCACAUCCCACACCCUCCCAGAGAUGUCACAGAAUCGACCUGGGUUGUUCCCCAGUUUGCGCAUGGGUGAGGUCAUCCGCGAAAAGGUCCAAGAUGGCCUGACCGGCGAGCACAAGGAGAUCUCCUACACCCAGUGCAAGAUCGUCGGCAAUGGAUCCUUCGGUGUCGUGUUUCAGACCAAGAUGGCCCCCAGCGGCGAGGACGCUGCCAUCAAGAGAGUCUUGCAAGACAAGCGGUUCAAGAAUCGUGAGCUUCAGAUUAUGCGGAUCGUGCGCCAUCCCAACAUCGUUGAACUGAAGGCGUUCUACUACUCUAACGGCGACAGGAAAGAUGAAGUCUACCUCAAUCUUGUGCUCGAAUACGUUCCCGAGACCGUGUACCGCGCAUCGCGGUACUUCAAUAAGUUGAAGACGACAAUGCCCAUGCUGGAGGUCAAGCUCUACAUCUACCAACUCUUCCGGUCGCUGGCAUACAUUCACUCACAAGGUAUCUGCCAUCGUGACAUUAAGCCCCAAAAUCUGCUCCUGGAUCCCAAUACUGGUAUCCUGAAGCUGUGCGAUUUCGGAUCCGCCAAGAUUCUCAUCGAAAACGAGCCCAAUGUCUCCUACAUCUGCUCUCGCUACUACCGAGCGCCAGAGUUGAUCUUCGGUGCCACCAACUACACAACGAAGAUUGAUGUUUGGUCGACUGGUUGUGUGAUGGCUGAACUGAUGCUGGGUCAACCGCUAUUCCCCGGUGAAUCUGGUAUUGAUCAGCUGGUGGAAAUCAUCAAGGUGCUCGGCACUCCGACUCGUGAGCAGAUUCGCACCAUGAACCCCAAUUACAUGGAGCACAAGUUCCCUCAAAUCAAACCUCAUCCCUUCAAUAAGGUUUUCCGCAAGGCACCCCCAGAGGCCAUUGACCUCAUCUCGGCGCUCUUGGAAUACACUCCUACCCAACGGUUGUCCGCCAUCGAAGCCAUGUGCCAUCCCUUCUUCGACGAACUGCGGGAUCCGGCUACCCGGUUACCAGAUUCGCGACACCACAACAACCCGCCCAAGGAUAUGCCCGCCCUCUUCAACUUCACACGACAUGAACUCUCGAUCGCCCCCGAGCUGAACGCCCAGAUCGUUCCCCCUCACGCUCGUCCUGCUCUGGAAGCACAAGGUCUCGACAUUAACAACUUCAAGCCUCUACCGAAAGAGGAGAUGAUGGCCCACCUCGACUGAGUCGAUUGAUACCACCUCCGCGAAGGGACACGUCUGUUUGUUAAUGCGUUCCGCACCAGUGCGAGGGGCCCCCAAUUGCCUAUUGCCAAGUCUGUACACCUUUUGGGACUUGGCGGGAGCAGCCCUGGUGAGGAACUGCAAGUCUUUGUCCAGUUGAGGAAGUGAACUUUUGGAAAGAAUGUGGAAAGAAGAGGCAAAUGAGUGAAAGUGACGGGAAGGGGCGACAUGGAAAUGAGGUUUCGACGAGGGAGGGACCUGGACGUGCAAACGCAGAAUAUGGAACAUUUUUUGUUUCUUCUUCAUGCCUUUCUCCUUCAUGGCCAGAAAAUUGGGCAAAAAGAUCAUUCGCAUUUUUACAAAUGGAGGGGUGUCGGUAACCGGGGGGGAGAGCCUGAUGAUUGUCACGUCAACGGUGGGGAGGUCCAUGGACUUGGAGUUUUGAUUUUGGAGGUGUCUGCGACAUGCUCUUGGGAGGAAAAAGUGAUACCCUUUCUGUGCAAGUCUGGCCCGUCGGGGAUUUGAAGACUGCAUAGCUCCGCCGGUCGAGGGAGAGGCAAUGGGAUUCUGUGGAUCUGGAUCUUGGAUAUUCGGGAGAGCUUUGUGGCUUAUGGGGGCUGCCCUGCCCCGAUGAUGCGCUCUUUCUCCUGAUAUUCCCGGGACAUACGAAUGGGAUGCAUUCUGGACGCCCUUGAAGGCUUUUUAUUCGAUUUCGUCCCCUUCUUGUCUCCCCGGCCUAUUUUUUUUUUUUUGUUUCCGUUUUAUCCUCUCGAUCUCGAUCUUCAAAUGUUUCCCGCGUUGGGGCUACCGCUGGCUUGGUUGGGCCUGUUCGGAUUGGAUCUGAUAUAACUUAUAUCUGAUCUUUUGAUAUCCGGUAUAGUCUCGAUUCGAACAUCGGUCUAACCUUUCCCUCGUUUCCCUUGUGAAACUGGAAAUUGGAGAUCAUAUUUCCCUUCCCCUUGCCCCCUUCGACCUGCAGCGCUAGAAUCCUGUUCUUUUCUUCCCCCUUUGCGUCUCCCGAUGUUGGCUUCUUUCUUUCUCUCUCUUUAGUCCCCUACUUUUUUACUCUACC